AUGGGGGUUCAAUAUCCCGCAACGGAAUUCGUGGAUUCGAAUCCACAAGAUGACAGUAGCGAUGGUGAUAGCUUCAAGUAUACCAACGAGGUGGGUGGCAAUACUACCAAGGCCACAUACCAGGAGGCCUCCGGAGCUCCAGUAGAGGUCAACUCCCCUUUAGGGUAUUCGGUGGGUUGGGUGACAGUGAUAUUUCUCAAUCUGAGCAAGAUGAUAGGGACUGGAGUGUUUUCAACGCCAUCCAACGUUGUCAAGGGAGCCGGCUCUGUUGGCCUCGCAUUGUUUUAUUGGGUAAUCGGAUACCUGAUGGCAUCCAGCUCCUUGUCUGUCUACAUGGAGUUUGCUUCGUGCUUCCCUAGCCGAUCUGGAUCGGAAGUGGUUUACUUGGAACAGUCCUACCCACGACCAAAAUACUUCUUUCCUACUGUCUUUGCGAUGCAGACCGUGCUAUUCUCAUUUAGCAGUAGCAAUGCUGUUGUCUUGGCACAAUACCUCUUCAAACUGGCAGACGCAGAAGCUACGCCGUGGAAACUGAAGGGAGUGGCCGUGGCUUCUUAUACAGUCGCAGUGCUAGUUCUGGCGUUCAACACCAGAUGGUCGCUCAGAUUGGCAAAUGCUAUCGGCCUAGUCAAGCUUAUCACAUUGGUAUUCAUUGGAGUUAGUGGAUUGGUUGUUCUUGGAGGUCACACCUCCGUGAAAGACCCCAAGGCCAAUUUCAGAAACGCUUUCGAUGGCACGGGUGCAGCUACGGUUUACGGAACGACGAACGCAUUAACAAAGGUUUGGUUCUCAUAUGCGGGCUAUGAGAAUGCCUUUAAUGUGGUCAAUGAGGUCCGAAACCCUACCAAAACCCUGAGGUGGAGUGCUCCAUUAUCUUUGGGAGUGACAGCAACUCUAUAUGUGUUGGCGAACAUUGCCUACUUCAGUGCUGCGACCAAAGAAGAAGUUAUCGAAUCCAAGGUCGUUGCGGCCGGUCUUUUCUUUGAGAAGGUAUUCGGAACCAGCGGUGCAGCCUCGGCGUUGAACUUCCUGAUUUGUUUGAGUGCGUUUGGAAAUCUCCUUGCCGUUCUCAUCGGCCAGUCACGUAUGAUUAGGGAAUGUGGAAGGCAAGGCGUGUUGCCAUUUACGUCGUUCUGGACUUCAACCAAACCCUUUGGAACCCCGCUGGGUCCCUACUUGGUGAAAUGGAGCUUUACACUAUUGAUGAUCCUGGCACCCCCUGCCGGUGAUGCAUUCAAUUUCAUUGUGGAUCUCGGUGUCUACCCAGCAUCAUUCUUUGGUUUAUUACUCACAAUAGGAUUGGUGGUCACUCGUAUUCGUCGCAAACGUCUUCAGCUACCAGCCCCCGACUACCAGGCUUGGUAUAUCACAAUAGCAUUCGCUAUUCUCUCACACCUUUACAUGGUAAUAAUGCCGUGGUAUCCACCUAGUACCGGUUCUACUGGAGGUGAUGUGAGCUUCUGGUAUGCGACAUAUUGUGCAGUGGCUCUGGGAAUCAUUGCUCUCUGUGGUGUCUACUACUAUUUCUGGAUCAAGCUUCUCCCGCGGCUUCAGGGGUUCAAGUGGCAGCAGACGGUUCUUAAAUUGGAGGACGGUGCUACGGCUCAUCGGCUGGUGAGGGUGCCUAAGAAGGAUGCCUAA